AUGGAGUCCGCAGCCAACCCCAGUCACGUUGACCUUUCCGAGAAAGAGGGAGAGAAGACGUUGCCCGUCGAUGUUUCCCCUGAGCAGCAAAAGGUAGUCCAAACUGAAAAGUCUGAGGUCAACGCCGAGCACCCAGCAGGUGAGCCUACCACGCGUGAGGUAGCCGAGCAUACAACGGGUCCCAAAUUGGCUUUGAUUACACUGGCAUUGUGUUUGGGCGUCUUCCUAGUGGCUCUUGAUAACAGCAUCAUUGCCACGGCAAUUCCAAAGAUCACAGUCCAAUUCCACAGCCUCGAGGAUGUUGGCUGGUAUGGAAGUGCAUAUCUUCUCACCACAGCAUCGCUCCAGCUACUUGUCGGACAAUUCUACACUUUUUUCAAUGUCAAAUGGACCUUCCUCGUCGCCAUUGGCGUGUUCGAGCUGGGAAGUCUGAUCUGCGGCGUGGCUAACAGCAGUCUGACGCUUAUCAUGGGCCGUGCCGUUGCUGGCAUUGGGUCUGCAGGUAUCUUCUCAGGCUCACUCAUCAUGGUCGCCCACUCGGUGCCCCUAGAGAAGCGCCCAUUAUACAAUGGCUGUAUCAGUAGCAUGUUUGGCAUUUCAUCCGUGGCCGGGCCUCUGCUCGGUGGGGUUUUCACCGACAAAGUGACAUGGCGCUGGUGCUUUUACAUCAAUCUUCCAAUCGGAGCUGUCACUGUUUUGGUGAUUGCAAUCUUUUUCUCUGCCCCCAACCACCAUACCAAAGAAACGACAUGGAUGGAGCGCAUUAAGAAGUUUGACCCCAUGGGUACAACUCUUUUCCUCCCUGCCAUUGUCUGCUUAUUGCUAGCUCUGCAGUGGGGUGGCACCAUCUAUGCCUGGAAUAACUGGCGCAUCAUUGUGUUGUUUUGCUUUUUUGCUGUUCUUAUUCUCCUCUUCUUAUUUGUCCAGUACGUCCAGCAAGAUAAUGCUACAGUGCCACCACGCAUUUUCUUCCGCCGCACUAUUUGGUCCGCUGCGUUUUACAGUUUCUGCCUCGGCGCUGCCUUUCUCUCCUCUGUUUACUUCUUACCCAUCUGGUUCCAAGCCGUGAAAAAUGCCAGUCCCGUCAGCUCAGGUAUCAUGAAUCUGCCCAUGUUGAUUUCUGUUGUGGUUACCUCCGUCAUGUCGGGAAUCAUCAUCACUCACGUCGGGUACUACACACCCUUUAUGAUUCUCGGUACAGUCCUUCUCGCCAUCGGCUACGGUCUCAUGAGCAUGUUCCACACGGACACGUCCAAAGCUGUUUGGAUCGGCUAUCAGAUAAUUGCCGGCGCCGGCGCAGGUGCUGGUAUGCAGCAAUCUAUGAUCGCUGUUCAGGUUGUCCUUGAUCUUGCUGAUAUACCCACCGGCACAGCUAUCAUCGUUUUCGCCCAGACUCUUGGUGGUGCUCUCUUUGUUUCUAUUGGAAACAACGUUUUCAGAAACAAGCUUGCUGAGUAUCUCGCCAAGUACAUCCCCAACGUGGAUCCAGCUUUGAUCCUCAAGACCGGCGCAACUGGCCUCCAGAGUGUCGUCGACAAGGCCGACCUACCCGGAGUCCUGCUUGCUUACAAUGACGCACUUACACAGACCUUCAUUGUCGGUGCAGCUAUGGCCUCUACCAGCCUGAUCGGCGCUUUGUUUGUGGAGUGGAAGAGUGUCAAGGGAAAGAAUAUUUCCGCGGGAGGAGCCGCAUGA